AUGGCGACGGACAUGUUGACCAUAUACCUGCACUAUGAAGUUACAAAUCAGGAAGCCAAAAUGUUACAAAGAUCCAUGAUGAGGCGUGAUGUCUUGUAUUAUGACUUAAUCUUGAUGAUCGAGGAAGUUGGCUUUCAGGCAAUUAACUUUCUGUACUAUGCGAAAAAACCCUGUCUAGGCAGCUCCUACUUAGUUCACAUUUAUGAUCAAGGUCUUGUGUUGAAAAUGUUGUCCGACCCUGAGAUUGUGAAAGCUGUCCAUCUGUAUGUGUCUAAGGAGAAGGUUGACGAUCAUAUUGCUCCGCCUAGUAAGCAAAUUCAUAUUGGUCCAUCUAACCAUCCGAAUGAGAGUGUUCUCUUACAACACGGUGGUGUCUCUGCUGAAGGGGCAGGGAAACUUACUAUGGGAAUGCCGCAAAGUAUCCCUCUUGAACCAUGCUUAUUACAUAUCUGUAUCUACUGUUGUAAUUAUUGGAAUAAAAGAUGUAUGGUCGUUCUGCAGGACCAUGAUGUCAACCAAUUACAAAUUCAACAGAAUUCAUCAUCAUCACAAGACCAUGUUAUUGAUUCUGUGCCAGAGGUGAGGGAAACCAGGGAUCUUACAGGUGAAUCUGUUUCAAGAACGAACCAGCAGGGGACUAGAACUGAACACCCACACCCAGCUCGCUCAAAAAGAAAGCGUACUUCUUCCAUCAAGGCUGCUUCCAAAGUAGUUUUAAAGACUUCAACAUAUCCCAACAAGCGGAAUGUUGCAUAUGGUACUAUUCGGAGUACUAAUCCAAGAACUAAGGUUGGUGGUAUUGAGUUAGGUGCUGAAUUUGCCCUUGUGCGCAUAGAUCAACCUAUUCUUGAUAAUGAGGAGCUGGUAAGGGAAGUUUCUAAUUGCAAGACAAUUGGUGAGGCUUUCAAUUCAGGAUACUUAAUUGCCUGGCCUUCAGCUUUUAUUCGAGAGAAGGAUAGUUGA